AUGACGCACUCCGUCAUAACUGGUUUUUUUACCGUUGCCGGGUCAUUUCUAGUUUACUUUAUAUCCUUCGGAUACAUGAAUAGCUUUGGUUACUUCCAGGAUUACUAUAUCCAGAAUGACCUCGCUGAAUUCUCACCGUCCAUUAUCUCGCUCAUUGGUUCAAUGCAGCUUGGAUUAAUGCUCCUCGUGGGGCCUGUCUCUGGCACGCUAUUCGACGCUUACGGGAUCAAGUGGCUGUACCUAGUUGCUACUACAGGAUCCAUUGUGUCUUGCAUUGGGCUUUCGUUUGCGCAGCCGGGGCGGAUUUGGCAGUAUUUCCUCAGUCAAGGCGUAUUAUUCGGUCUCAUGGUCCCAUUUGGAACCUCUGUUGCACUCCCAGUUGUUGGCCAACAUUUCAGACAAAACCGCGCCCUCGCCAUGGGCGUUGUGGCGGGGGGAAGCAGUGUGGGAGGGGUAUGUUUGCCAAUUAUGUUUUCACAUCUGGUCCCUCGAAUCGGAUUUGCAUGGUCACUACGAGUUGCAGCGUUCAUCAUGCUGGUAUUCUACGGGAUAGCUGCAUUUAUCUCGACAGAAAAGCUGCCCGCGAAACCGCUCAAGUCCGCUCGACAAAUUAUCGACUUUGGUGGCUUUCGUGACAUCCGAUAUAGUACAUUAGCGUUGGCGAAUGUGGUUGGGAACUUUGGUCUUUACGUUCCUUUCUACUACAUAGAGCCAUACGUUGCCGUCAAUUUCGACGGGUCUGGCGUUAGCAGUUACUUACUUCCCAUUGUCAAUGGAUCUAGCUUCUUUGGCCGUAUAAUAGGUGGAUACACAGCUGAUCGCAUCGGUGGUCUUAAUCUUCUAUAUGCUCUCACAACCGUCUCGGGUUGUUUAUGCCUCACGAUGUGGCUUCUUGCUUCCAGUAUUGGCAUCGUCGUGAGCUUCGUUUGUUUAUAUGGAUUUUGUUCCGGCAUCUUUAUCAGUGUCAUGUCGCCAGUUACAUCGCGUUUGUCGCCCGAUGACAAGAUUGGCGCGCGGCUCGGUGCAUUUUCAGCUUGGGGUGCGAUUAGAGUCUUCACAGGGACUCCUAUUGCCGGAUCCUUCUUGAAGAACAAUAAACCAGGCGAAUACACCAAUCUAAUUAUCUACACGGGGGUCUGUAUGACAGUUUCGGGUGGAUUGAUGUUUGUAACCAGAUUACUAUGCGACAGGAAUUUAAGAAAGAAGUGGUAGUAUA